ACUCAAUGUUCAGUUUGCGGGGAGCGCUCAACGAGUGCGCACCAUUUGUCCCGUAUUUAGCCAUAGGUGUGCGAUCACGUGGCAAAUACGUAGGGCAUCAAAUAACCCAAGUGUAUCGACUUAAUCCCAAAAACCAAUCGAAAAGAACCCUACCCCUGAGUGCGCCGCUAAAUUCCCUAGAAACCGUAAAAUUAAACUAGAUAUCUCCAAAACACUCUCUCCCCUGGGGACCGUACGGAAUUCCAACUAAAUCUUCACGGUUGCUCCAAAUCUAGUUGAUUUUAAGGUUAAGUGUGGGACUGUGUUUGGUGUUUCUGGUAAAAACAAAAAUAUAAUUUAGAUGUGCGCGUAUCCGUGAUGGAAAAUCCGAGCGGCGGCAGGGACAGUCGGUAUACGGCACUUGGAUACAACAUGGGUAUGAUGGGUAGUGAUGCUGGUGAGAUGUAUGGGCGACCGUCUACAUCACAGCUGGGUACCUCGCAGAUUGGUCGUGGUGGCGCCACCAUGAUGAGCCCACCUGGUAAUACAGGGGGUAGUGCUACCGGUGUUGGGGUCCAGAGAGGGUUGAAGAGAUCGUCAUCUGAUGUUUGUUAUGACGAUAAUGGAAGACAAUUGGGACAGGGUCAAAUGAUGCAGGGGGAUUGUGUGCCGGAUAAUAUUGACGAGUCAUUUACUAAUUUGGGUGCACCAAAAAAAUCACCACCGAGUAAUGGAAAGAAGACCAAGGGCAGAGUGAAGAUCAAAAUGGAGUAUAUCGAUAAUAAAUUGAGGAGGUACACCACAUUUUCCAAGAGGAAAACUGGAAUAAUGAAGAAGGCGUACGAGCUAUCAACCCUAACAGGCACCCAAGUGAUGCUCCUGGUAGCCAGUGAAACAGGUCACGUGUACACAUUUGCGACACGCAAGCUCCAACCAAUGAUAACGAGUGAAGCAGGCAAAGCUCUCAUUCAAACUUGCCUCAACAGUCCAGAUCCACCACCAUCUGGCUCAUCUGGUGAUCAACGAAUGUCAGCAACGGGCUUUGAGGAGACCGAGCUCACAUACAACAUCGCGGAUGACGAGCAGAAAGUAAGACAACUGGUAUAUGGAUCAUCGCAUGGUGGUGCACUACACGGUGGUUAUCCUGGUGCUGGUGGACCGCCAGUAUCACAGCAUGGCCCACCACACUCACAGCAUCCCCAGCAUGCGCAUUUAAUAGCGCAUGCACACGCUGGCUCGCCAAGCUCCCAUCUUGUGCCCUGCUCCAGUCCUGGACCAAUGCUAGCUGGAGGACCCUAUCAGCAGUCAUGUCCAUCGCCAUUACCACCACCACAUGCCGCUUAUCAUCCGCACAUGUCGCACUCGCAUCCCCAACGGUAGUAAAAAUCACGAGGGAAAAAUCAUUCAAGAUAAGGCUAGGGAAUUUUUUGUUUCGAGUUUUUUUUUUCCUGGGAAAAUCCGAGUGUUUUUGAAAUAUUUAUGGAGUGUCCCUGAUUGGAACGAUAAAAAAUAUGGAAGAAUUAUUAGGGGGAGACGAAGGAAAUUGAUGAUUUGAUUCUUGAGGCCAUAAAACCAUCGAGAAGGGUGCAGGUUCAAAAAUUGUUUGAAUUAAAUCAUUGACUGUUGCAAUGAUUUAAUUGUAAAGUUGUUAGUGGGAAACAGAUUGUUCUCUGAAAGGGGAGAAAAUUGAAAAAUUCACGGAACAUUGGUUUCCUUCGUCUCAAAUUAGUUGACGCGUUAGCAACUCCAAAGACCCGACGCCAUAAUUUCCUUAGGAUUUUUUUUGAACGCGUGUGAUUCACUCAUCACUCUCAAAUGAAUUAAAUUGAACUGUACAGAAUCUGUAUGUCCCUCCCCAUGACUUAACAUCCCCUUAAUUAAGUUUUAAUCCGUACUUCCACAUUAUUUAAACAAAAUAUUUAUUAACGCUUCUCUGUAAAUAUUUCCGUGGCCCUGAAGAUUGAAAAGGUAAAAGACAUGAGAUUAGAUGCGAGUGCUGGAUGAUUCGGCUGCGGUGCACGGUCGGCGUUGUUACAGUAUUUUUGUGCAUCGUGCCUCCCCUUCGUACUAUUUUUUACAAUUUUUUUUUUGUACAGCCCCUUUCCCUUUUUGUGUGCUACAGUGGCAUGUGUAGUUAGUUUUUUCGUUUAUAGUUUAAGUAGAGAGUACUUAAAAUAUUUUUUAAUUUAAUCCCGAUGACGAACGUCAUUGUCCCUCACUGAAGAGAAAUCCUAGAAUUUUUGAGAAACUUUCUAAAAUUAUGGACUUGACAAUUUUUUAUAAUUACUGGACUUGUUAUAUACAUAAUAAAAUAAAUGAUGAAGUCCUAGGAUUUCUCGGAUUCCGUCCAUUUUUGCAUGAAACAAACUCCAAAAGGUUUUUACGUUUUUAUUUAAAACUUUUUGAUAAAUUAUUUAAAUUAUUUGCCCUUGUUAAAUACUCAUUAUUAUUAUUUUUGUUUUUUUUUUCCAAUGACCAAAUCAGUCGCAAGAUUUUCAAGUUCUCCCAAUCAAACCUCCAACAGAGUACAAAAUAACGGCGAUUAUUAAACGAAAAAUGAUAAAAAAAAUUAGCAAUAACUCAAUUUUUUUUUUCUUGAUUUAUGAGAAAUAACACAAAGUGAUCAUCAGAUGAUCAAAUAUUUUUUUUCUGUAUCACACGUGUACAUAAAUGUACUGUAAAAUACUGUGAUAAUAUUU